AAGUUAUUUAAUAUUUGUUCUUGGUUUCACACACAGAUACCAACCUGGUCCGGUAAAUGUGGAAAUGCAGCAGAUCCACAAAUCCCAUCUUCAGAAGAAGUUUCAGUGUCUGACUGAGGGAAUCACAAAGCAGGGAGAUGCCAGACUCCUCCAUGAGAUCUACACAGCGCUCUAUAUCACAGAGGGGGGAAGAGGAGAGGUCAAUGAUGAACAUGAGGUCAGACAGAUAGAGAGAACAUCCUGUAGAGAAGCAGCACGAGGCAGACCAAUCAACUGCAGUGACGUCUUUAAACCCUUAUCUGGACAAUACAAACCCAUCAGAAGAGUGCUGACAAAGGGAGUGGCUGGCAUUGGAAAAACAGUCUCUGUGCAGAAGUUCAUUCUGGACUGGGCUGAAGGGAAAGAGAAUCAAGAUAUCCACUUCAUAUUGCCUCUCCCUUUCAGAGAACUGAACCUGAUGAAGGAGAAAAAACUCAGUCUGGUGGAGCUUAUUCAGCACUUUUUCCCUGAAAUUACGGAUCCAAGAUUCUUCUCUGGUUUAGAGCAUGUCAUGUUCAUCUUUGAUGGUCUGGAUGAGUGUCGACUUCCUCUACAUUUCAACUCCAACCCAAGGUGUUGUGAUGUGACAGAGCCAGUCUCAGUGGACGUGCUUCUGACAAACCUCAUCAAGGGGAAUCUGCUUCCCUCUGCUCUCCUCUGGAUCACCACCCGACCAGCAGCAGCCAAUCAGAUUCCUCCUGAGUGUGUGGACCAGGUGACAGAAAUAAGGGGAUUCAACGACCCACAGAAAGAGGAGUACUUCAGGAAGAGAAUCAGUGAUGAGAACCUGGCCAGCAGAACUAUCACACACCUGAAGUCAUCUAGGAGCCUCUACAUCAUGUGUCACAUUCCAGUCUUCUCCUGGAUUACCGCCACUGUUGUGGAGAGAACAUCAGCCGAAUUGGGGAGUGUAGAAAUGCCAAGGACUUUGACUCAAAUGUACACACACUUCCUGAUCAUUCAGACAAGCAUGAAAAAUGAAAAGUACACAGAGAGAAAAGAGAGAGAUGAAGAGAUGAUUUUCAAACUGGGGAAACUGGCUUUCCAACAGCUGGAGAAGGGCAAUCUGAUCUUCUAUGAGGAAGACGUGAGAGAGUGUGGCAUUGAUGUCACAGAAGCAUCAGUGUACUCAGGAGUGUGUACUCAGAUCUUCAGAGAGGAGUCUGGGCUGUACAAGGGGAAGGUGUUCAGCUUUGUGCAUCUGAGCAUUCAGGAGUUUCUUGCAGCUUUAUAUGUGUUCCUCUGUUUCAGCAACAAAGAGAGAAACAUGCCUGACCAACAGCAAACCUCUCAGCUCUCUGCUCUCUUCAGAGCUGCAACACUUCAUGACCUACACACAACUGCAGUGGAUCUGGCCUUACAGAGUGGGAAUGGACACCUGGACCUUUUCCUCCGCUUCCUUCUGGGCCUCUCACUGGAGUCCAAUCAGAAUCUCUUAAGACACCUACUGCCACAGACAAGAAGCCAAUCACAGAGCUCAGAGCAAACAGCCCAGUGUGUCAAACAGAAGAUCAGAGAUCAGGAUACUUCAGACAGAAAGAUCAACCUGUUCUACUGUCUGAAUGAGCUGAAUCACCAUGCUGUAGUGGAGGACAUUGACAGGAGCUCAGGAACUCUGUGUGUGGACAUGCUCUUACCAGGAGAGUGGGAGACUAAGAGAUUUCUGUUUGAGAUUCCAAAAGAGCAGCUGGAUGAGUUUGACCUGCAGAAGUACAUAAAGACACCAGAGGAAGAUCUGACUGAACUCCUCAGUCCCGAUGAGGUUCUGCAGAAGCUGGUGCCAGUGGUCACAACAUCCACAUCAGCUCGGUAACACUUGGUGUACUUA